ACGAAAGACCACGACAAAAAUAACGACAAUCAACCAGCCGACAAGUUCCUAUUCAAAAUGACGAAGGGAACCGGAUCUUUCGGAAAACGCCACAACAAGUCGCACGUUCUGUGCAGACGCUGCGGCCGCCGAUCCCUCCACGUCCAAAAGCACACUUGCUCGUCAUGCGGAUACCCAGCAGCAAAGAUUAGAGGAUACAACUGGUCCGAGAAGGCCAAGAGACGGAAGACCACUGGAUCCGGACGCAUGCGUUCCCUCAAGACCGUUUCCCGCAAGUUCAAGAAUGGCUUCCAGACCGGUGUCCCCAAGGACUCGAGGGGCCCAGCGACCAAGACCGAGUAA